CUGGCAUUUUCAGUGAGACUUCUGGAUGUAGUUCUGUCUGUGCGCUCUCUAGAGUCUGAACAAGUGCAGAAAAAAAGAACCCAACAGAAUGGUUAUUCCUCCACCAGUUAGGCCUCCAAGAAUUAUGCAGUAUCUGAAGCCUUACGUUCUGAAGAUGCACUUUACAAACAAGUAUUUGAGUGCCCAGGUUGUACACAUACCAACUGCCACUGUUGCCUCUGCUGCAAGUUCACAGGAGAAGGCCUUGAGGUCAUGCAUGGAAUCUACUCGGGAUGUGGCUGCUGCUGCAAAGAUUGGAAAACUAUUGGGGGAGCGCCUGCUGUUCAAAGACAUCCCAGCUGUUGCUGUUCAUAUGAAGAGGGAACAGAAAUAUCAUGGUAAGGUCAAAGCUGUUAUUGAUUCUUUGAGGGAAGCUGGUAUCAAACUGCUUUAAAUUUUCAUAUGCUUUAUAAAGUGAAAUGUAUUGCUGAAUUUACUUUUAAGUUUGUAGUCUCUAGCAGUUCUAAGAAGAUUACUGGGGGGAUAUCAUUGGGAAGAAAGGUUGAUGGAGUUUGUGUUUCCAUGCUGCUCAAUGUGAUCAUGAUGAAAAGGUUUCCUGGGAAUUCAGAUUUUUACUCUAAUUGUAUAAUUUUCCCCGUAUCUUGUUGCAUGUUAAUUUGUAGACCAAGCAAAUGCAACAUAUUCUCAUGGAACUUAAACAUAUAUGCUUUCCAUAUAAAAUGAUGACAGGAUCUGAAUGUGAUUUGCAAAUAUGAGUUUGUAAUUUUGCUUAA